CCGCCUCGGGGCGCGCUGGUUAGGUGAGAGUCGAGCGCACUUCCCGGUGCCCACGCCAUGGUGGCCAAACAGCGGAUCCGGAUGGCUAACGAGAAGCACAGCAAAAACAUCACCCAGAGGGGGAACGUAGCCAAAACCCUGAGGCCGCAAGAAGAGAAAUAUCCUGUGGGACCAUGGCUGUUGGCACUGUUUGUUUUUGUUGUUUGUGGCUCAGAUCAAAUAAGGAUAAUAAGAGCCCCUCUAAAAGUUGUCCUGGCAGUGAAUGGUUCCACGGAUGGACCUAUCUUCCAGAUCAUUCAGAGCAUAAGGAUGGGCAUGUGAGGCGGCCCCCUCCCGCUGGAGGGUGGAGGACCACUUAAGCUUUUAGCCGGGUUUCUGUGGGAAGAAAACAAGCCACACAGAAUAGAAAGGAGGCUCCCUCAAUUGUUCCCUGAUCACUUCAUCGUGGAUGUCAGGCCAAAUUGCCUUCUCACAGGACAUCUUGGUACAUCCGUGUUCUCAAGCGGAAAGGACAUUUUGCUUUGCUGUUGGCAGGGUUGGAGUUCCCGGGGUGUCUGCAGCCUUGCGCUCCGUUUGCUUUUUCCCUUGGUUUCACUCAUGUUUGCAUGUGGCCCUCUGAACGAUCACGGCUUUACGUCCCAUGGAUACAGUCUCUCCUCCAUUGGGAAUUGGUUUUACAAAUAAAUGUCUUUCU